UGUAUAUAAUGUCAAUGGGGCGGUAUGUUCUGCUCAAGAGCUUUCCGGUUCCAGAUUUAGUUCCUUCGAAGGUCGUUGACAUCCUCUUGGAGUAGCAGCUCAGUUCUGCCUUGAGUUGCCGCAAUGGGGGGCUUUCAGUUGGGGUUGCUGCUUCUGUGCUGUGUCGUGGGAGUGUCUCAAGCAUGGGAUCUGCCCGGGGGUGUCAAACUUAGUGCCGAGGGCUACAAUGAGAACUGGUUGGGUGGACAUGCGACCUGGUACGGUGACCCCUACGGCGAGGGCUCGAGUGGAGGAGCAUGCGGCUACACCCAACUCACGGGCACACCGAUUGGAUCCAAAAUCGCCGCUGGCAAUGCACCCAUUUUCCAAGAAGGUAAGGGAUGCGGUCAGUGUUACGAAGUGAAGUGCAACUACCCGAGCUGCAGCCCUCAGGGAACCAGGAUUGUCAUUACUGACUUGUGUCCCGGAGGCCAGUAUUGCAGUACUGACCAGCCCGCCUUCGACUUCAGCGGCGCAGCCAUUACUGCCAUGGCGCUACCGGGUCGCGACGGGGAGCUGCGCAACAUUGGAUUGUACGACAUCCAGUACAAGCGCGUGCCAUGCGAGUAUCCCAACCAGAACAUUGCCUUCAAAGUGGACGCAGGAUCCAGCAAGUACUGGUUUUCCUUCACCGUGAAGUACUUGGGUGGGCCAGGCGACAUUAACACCGUGGAAGUAAAAUGUGGUAAGAACGGGUACUUCCAGUAUGCUCAGCACAGCUGGGGAGCGAAUUGGAUGCUCAUAAAUUACUCAGGAGUACCGUUUCAGUUCCCUCUCACUAUCAAGAUCACGACGAAGCUGAACGACCACACUGUCGUCGCUGAGGAUGUGAUCCCAGAUUGGUUUGGCCCAGGAGUUCAGUAUGAGAGCAAUGUACAGAUUAGGUACUAGUUCAACUAGUUCACCAUAUCAGCGCAUAUCGAACCAACUGCGAAGACGCCCAGCAGGGUGAAUAUGCAUGUAUAUCUUGCCCCAGCCAGAGGCGGAGUUUACGAAGAGGAAGACUCUACAACACCUGGAGAAAGGAACUCUAGCUUGUGUACUUCUCAGUUCAGUUUUGACAGGUUCUUGCCGAGUUGCCAGUGAUCGAAGUCUCCUUAGUCUUGGUCGAGAGAGCAGCCGACUGCGGCGUUUACAAUCGACGACGAUUUGCCCGUCAGAGAAGCUCCCACAUUGUCGAGACUGACCCGGAGCACAGAUCCGGCUGCUGCUAGUGAGCCUGAUAGUGAGUGGUUCUCAAGGAUUGAAUCUUGUCUGUGCGACUCAAAUAUCUAUAUAUCGCUUUACGAUUCUUGAAUGCUUUGUUCA